AUCGACGCCUCUUUCUUCACAAAAUUAAAACAAAUCGGCUUCUUUCUUCAAUCACGUCCAUCUCCUCAAUCUCUCACUUUGAACGCUUGGAACCCUAGAUUUCGCCGGCGAUUCAACCCAGGUUCUCGCCGGGGAUUCCAACAUAGUUCGAGCCCUUACGCGAUUGCGAAGUACAUGGAGGACACGCACAAAUCUGUUCUGCCGGCCAAUUUCAGGAAGAUUCUAGGGCUCCAACUCAAAAAAUCUGUUGCGAAGGGGAAAUUAAACAAAAUCAAGGCCUCGUACAAGUUAUCCGAUGCCGGAAAGAAGGCGACGGCGACGAAGCCGGUUGUGAAGAAAGCUGCUGCACCUGCCACUAAAAAAUCGAAGGCGGUUGCUGUUGUGGGAACUAAGAGGAAGGCGGAGGUGGUGAAGAAGGUGGCGGCGAAGAAGCCUGUGAAGAAGGCGGCGACUCCGGUGAAGGCGAAGCAGCCUAAGAGCAUAAAAUCCCCUGCUGCUGAGAGGGCGAGGAGGGCUGUUGCUGUGUGAA